CCCUUUUGGCAAAGGAGCACACCAAACAACUUGAGGCCUGCAAAACCGACGUCAAGGGUACUUUGGUUCUGGCGAAGGAUCACACUGAAAAACUUGAUGAUUGCAAAAGCGAUGUCAAGGAGACCUUGGAUUUGGCAAAGGAUCACAAGGAUCAACUUGAUGACUGCAAAAGCGAUGUCAAGGAGACCUUGGAUGAGACAAGGAAACACACUUCUUUACUUGAUGAUUGCAAAUCUGGACUUGGACCACUAGAACCAUGGAUAAACUUGUUGAAUGCGAAAACAAUGCCAAGAACAUCACAGUUUGGGUAAGCAAAAGCGCUGACCAAAUUACUGAAUCCGCAACGGAUGUGAAGGAGACCUUGUGUUUGACAAGGAAGAUGGACGCAGCGUUCGAACGAAUGGAACGGUAUGGUGUCGGUGUGGCACAAGGUGACAGAGUGGCGCGGUUGACGGAAUGGGUUGCUCUCGGAAAAGCAGUACAAGCGCUGUCUGAGGAUGUCAAUGAAAUGGUGUUGAAGCCCUCCCAGUUUAAGUUGUUCUUUGAAGUGCUUAAAAGAAAUAUAGACCAGUUAAGCGAACACUGGAAAGAACCAAAUGUUAACGAAGUAGAAGGGGCUAUUCCAUUCCUGGAACUUCAAAAGUUCAGAAAAAAAAAUAGAGGAGGGUACAGAGGUCGUUGUCGAGUGCUCAAAUGCUGAUCUAACCACCAAAAAAAAGGGACAACUGCAACAAGAAACUUUUGAAUUUGGUCAAAUCUGUUCAGGAGCUUGUGGUCCGUUUGAAGGGAACCCCGUUUGGUGGGAACCCCGUUUGAAUGGAACCGGUU